AUGAGGAUCUGCGUAGGAAACUGGAAAAUGAAUGGGACCAAGGAAAUGGUUCAAAAUAUUUCACAUAAAAUGAAUGAAAGGGAGGGUGAUUUGGCAAAUAUUGAGGUAGUAAUAUGUGUUCCAUACACUUUACUCUAUGAGGCAAGAAAGUCCUUUAGCUCAGCAUUUGCAAUUGGAGCACAGACUAUGUGUGCAUAUGCAGAAAAAGGGGCAUACACUGGUGGAAUAAGCAUGGAGCAAAUAAAGGAUGCUCAGGUACAGAGUGUGAUAAUUGGGCACUCUGAGAGAGUGAAAUACUUCCAUGAGACAGAAGAAGAGGUCAAGAAUCAGGUGGAAAUGGCAGUAAAGAAUAGUCUAAGUGUUAUUUUGUGUGUUGGUGAGCAUACGAAAAAUGGCAGUUUAGAAGAGAAUUCACUUAUUAUUAAAAAUAGGUUGAAUAUAGUGAAGAAUCUUGGGGUUCCUAGUGCCAGGAUAUACAUAGCAUACGAGCCUGUCUGGGCCAUUGGCACUGGAGACAUGCCGAGUGCAGAGAGGAUUCAGAGGAUAGUCCAAAUGAUACACGACGAGAUGGGGGACAAGAUACAAGGGAUACUUUAUGGGGGAUCAGUUACAAAAGAGACCGUGCAGCCUCUUCUAAGUAUCAGCCAUCUAGCCGGCUUUCUUGUGGGCAAUGCAUCUCUGACAACUGAAUUUGCAGAAAUAUGCGAAAUAGUUAGCCAAGCAAGCUGA